AUGAAGGAAGUAAGCAAAGAGAGCGACGUGUACAGCUUCGGUGUGAUCAUGCUCGAGAUAGUCUCUGGUAAAGAGCCGAUAAACAAGAAUCCAGCAGCUGCAGAGGAUUUGUACCGUCCUGAGAUUCUUAGGAGAGGUGUGAAAGAUGGAACUGGUGUGAGCGAAGAAUGUGUCCUCGAGUACAUUCAGCUUGCAAUGUCUUGUUGCUCUCCAUCGCCUUCUCUUAGGCCGAGCUUCAAGCAACUAUUGAGGAAACUAGAGGAGAUCAGGAAAUGA